CUGAGUGAGAAUAGAUCUGUCUGUAAAGUAUCAUUAUCAUUACAUAGAACUGUAAUAAGUUUUCAAUUUCUCUGCGUUACAAAAAAAUCUAAUUCAGAGGAAGUGAGUGAGGAAGCAGAAGCGACAUCCAGUGAUGAAUCAGAAGAUCCAGAAUUUCGAGAACUGGAAGAACGUUCAAAAAUCGUUGAAAAAUAUGAAAGAGUUUGUUGUCUUAUGUUAAAAAUUUUUAAACUUUAUUUGCAAGAAAUUAGUGCCCAAGAGCUAGCGGAGAAAAAACGAAUGGCUAAAGAAAUAUCGCGUGAACAGAAAUGGUUAAGAAUGAUAUCUCAGUGGAGUGAUAAAAAAGGUGUCAAUGAUAAGUUAAGAAAACGACUUUGGAAAGGUGUUCCAGAGAAACUCAGAUCACUGGUUUGGACACGUUUACUUGAGAUUGCUCGUUAUCAACAAGAACGAAAAAGUAAUGUGUAUCGUGAGUUAUUGAUGCGCGCAAGACUUAUUUCAAAAGAUAUUAAACAAAUCGAUUUAGAUAUUAAUCGGACAUACCGAGAUCAUUUGGCAUUUCGACGAAGAUACGAUGUCAAGCAGCAAUCGUUAUUCAACGUGUUAGCAGCAUAUGCAAUGUACAAUACAGAAGUUGGUUAUUGUCAAGGUAUGAGUCAAAUAGCAGCGCUUUUUCUUAUGUAUAUGGAUGAAGAAGAAGCAUUUUGGUGCCUACAUUCAUUACUCGUUGAUAAAAAACAUUCCAUGCAUGGAUUUUUUGUUCCUGGCUUUCCAAAAUUGGUUCGAUUCCAAGCACAUUAUGAGAAAAUAUUGCAAAAAUAUCUCCCUCGUUUAAAAAAGCAUCUGGAUAAAACUGGUAUUCCACCAAUUUAUGUAACGAAAUGGUGGUUUGGUUGUUUCCUUGAUCGAGUGCCAUUUCCACUGGCUUUACGUCUAUGGGAUGUCUUCUUAUUGGAAGGAGAUGUGAUAUUAAUUGCGAUGGCCUACAAUAUUAUGAAAAUGCAUGAAAAAACAAUUCGUAAGAUGCAAAUGGAAAACUUCAUGGAAUAUAUUCAAACUGUAAUUUCACAAGAUUUUGGCUUUUCAGACGAGGAUACCAUGAAAUCAUUACAAGAAUGUCUUAGGAAAUUACAAAAUGAUCGGAUGUUGCUGCCAACUUUAUUUAAAUCAAGGGAUGCACUCGAAAUACCCACGAAACCAUUUGGACCAGUUCUGAGUCGUUCAAUGAUUGAUAUACGUUUAGAUAUUGCUGAAAUACAAAGUCGCUGCUCUCGAGCGAACUCUGUUGCUGGACGAUCGCCGAUUGUGAUACGUCGAAGACGUUUACCACCGUCGCCAACGCCUAUCUCGAAAUACAAACUGUCACAAAUAUCUGUUCCAGUUAAAGAGCCUGUCGUUUCUGAAAAUUCGUACUCAAGCACUUCUUCUGCUAGUACAAUAAAGGAUGUUUAUUCUAGAGGACAACGAAAUGCAGUUGAAAUUGUUACUGCUGCAACAAAUAGUAGGGACCUAUCAUCACUUUAUUCGGAAAGUUCAUCACGAUCAUCUCAAAAAGAGAGCACUCCAAUGCCUGCGCCACGAAAUGAAGUAAAAACAAUGCGAACACUGGCUGUAGAUGAAGUAUGGCGUAAUAUGCGAAUAGGUGGGGAUAAUUCAGAGUCACCAUCACAAACUUGUAGCAAAGGUAGUAUUUCUUUAUUACAGGUGUUCAGAAAAUGCUAG